AUGCUGGCCCGAUAUUGGGCUUUUUUGCUGGCAUGCAACACUCAGCUAUGCAGGGCGGCAUCGCAACCACCAGAACCAGAAAGCGCGCUGCAGCUAUUGUCGUCAGUCCCAUCUUGUGCCCUUCCAUGCGUCAUGUCUGCAGUUUCCGAAUCGACAUGCUCUCCGACAGACAUGCAGUGCAUCUGCCUCAAUCAUGACUUGCAAAAAAGCGCAGUCGCGUGUAUUCUAAAGUCAUGCUCUCUUUCAGACUCGCUCCAUACGAAAAAUGCCACAAUGACGGCGUGCGGCGCCCCAGUCAGGAACAAGAGUCCGCAAUACUACACAAUGUCCAUCGUCCUUGGUGUUCUUGCCAUCUGUCUUGUUCUCGUGCGCGUCGCAUUCAAGCAGUUCUGGAGUUCCAGUCGCGCCCUAGGACCGGAUGACAAGAUCAUCCUGCUGACCGUCGUCCUUCGCAUCUCGGGCACCGUCCUCAAUGUCAAAGGUCUCGCCGACCACGGCCUGGGCAAGGACGUGUGGACCAUGUCUGUGAGCGAGCUCAGCACCUUUGUCAUGUGGCUGUACAUAAUGGAGGUCUUGUACUUGGCGGAGCUUUCUCUUUUGAAACUAAGUCUAUCGGCGUUUUAUCUGUGCGUCUUUCCCGGUAUAGCCAUCCGGCGUCUGCUGUGGGGAGUUUGCAUCACAAAUGUCCUGUUUGGGGUUGUCUUUGUUAUCGUCGCCAUUUUCCAGUGCUCGCCAAUCCAUUACUGGUGGACACAGUAUGGAGAGGACCCGGGAGAGGGUCACUGCAUCAAUAUUAAUGCCAUGGGUUGGUCGAAUGCCGCAAUCAGUGUCUUGAUUGAUAUCUUGAUGAUUGCUAUCCCACUUAGCCAAAUCUCCAAGUUGAAUCUGCACUGGAGAAAAAAGAUUGGGGUCGUCAUCAUGUUCUUGACUGGGGCCUUUGUCACGGUUGUUUCCAUUCUCCGGCUUCGAUCUUUGGUUGGCUUUGCCAACUCGAAUAAUCCAACAUGGGAUCAAUGGGAGGUUGCCUACUGGUCGACAAUCGAGGUCAAUAUUGGAAUGAUAUGCACAUGUCUUCCAUCUUUACGACUGCUGCUGCUACGCCUGUUUCCCGGGCUGCUGGGCAACACUAUAGCGUCGGGGCAGGAUGUCUCUUACGCUCAUGGGUCGCGUGGCCAAACUGUUCUUGGUUCCGCAGCAUCUAUAGAAAGCCACGGAAACGAGUUGGCCGACGUACAGCACACCAAGGGUAGCGAUUGGCAGUCAAACAUGACCAAGUCCAACGAUGUGCUGGUAAAAUUGGAGGAUCAAGGCGUAGGGCGCUAG